AUGAAGAAGUAUUUUACCCCAAUAUCGAAAUCAAGUUUAGCCUCUCAUAGUCAUAGUCAAUCUAACCAAGAAGAAAAUGUCAAUCAUUCUGAAGUACCAUCACAUUCUUCUCAAGAAUUUGAUUUGAGUACUUUAAAGUUUGAUCCCGGUGAAAGAACUCCAAUAUUGAAUUAUCAUCCAAAUCAUCGUGAUGUUAUUAGAAGGGCAUACCUUGUGAAUGGUCCUUGUCAACCUCGCUUGGAGGUGCAUGAGUACCCUCAAACAAAUAUUUCUGGAGCAAUGCGUCGUUUUAAUCAUGAAUGGUUUGAUGAUGUAUAUCAUGAUUGGUUGGAGUACAGUGUUAGUAAAGAUGCAGCCUAUUGUUUGUAUUGCUAUCUAUUUAAAGAUCACAUUAUUAAUCAAGGUGGAGGCAAAGUAUUUUCAUGUACAGGAUUUAAGAAUUGGAAUAAAAAGAGCGGUCUUGACAAGCAUAUUGGUCUGCAGAAUAGCCCACAUAAUCGAUCAAAAAAGAAAUGUCAAGAUUUACUACGGCAACAACAGUCGAUUCAAUCUACUUUUGAGAGACAAUCUAAUCAAAUUAAAUAUGGAUAUUAUAUCCUCUUAAGUGUUUCGGUUGAUGUAGUAAGACUUCUCAUAACUCAAGGACUUGCAUUUCGAGGUCAUGAUGAAUCUAAAUCAUCACUUAGUAGGGGUAAUUUUCUUCAGAUUCUCUCAUGGUAUGCAAAAAGAUGUGAUAAAAUUCGUGAUUAUGUACUUGAACAUGCCCCUCAAAAUGAUCAAAUGACUUCUCCAAUAAUUCAAAAAGAUAUUGUGACUGCAUGCAAGAUAGAAACAAUUAAAGCUAUUCUCGAGGAACUAAAUGGUGACUACUUUGCCUUACUAGUUGAUGAAUCUUUUGAUAUUUCACGCAAGGAGCAAAUGGCUAUUGUAUUACGAUAUGUUGAUAGAAUGGGAUUUGUGAUGGUGCGACUUAUUGACAUUAUUCAUAUUCAAGAUACUAGUGCAUUAUCCUUGAAAGAGACAAUUAUUAAUUUACUUGCUCAACAUUCUUUGAGUCCAUCACGUGUGCGUGGACAAUGUUACGAUGGGGCAAGCAAUAUGCAAGGUGAGGUCAAUGGACUUAAAAUGUUGAUUAGGCAAGAAAGUAGAUCGGCUCAUUCUAUACAUUGUUUUGCUCAUCAACUUCAACUAGCUCUUGUUGGGGUCUCUAAAAAGUGUGUUGAAGUGGGACAACUUGUAGUAUUGGUCUCAAAUAUUUUUAAUGUAUUGGGAUCUUCUUUUAAGCGUAUGGAUGAUUUACGAGAUUCUCAAAAAGCAGUAAUUCAAGAUGCAUUAGAUAUGGGUGAAUUGACAACUGGUAGGGGCUUGAAUCAACAACUUGGUCUUUCAAGAGCUUGUGAUACUCGUUGGGGAUCUCAUUAUAAAUCCUUUAACAAUUUUAUUCUUAUGUUUGGCUCUAUUGUUGAAGUUCUUGAAUCACUUGCUCUUGAUGCACGAAGUAUGGAUGAAAGAGCCAAGGCAAUGGGACAUCUUGAAUCUUGUCAAACAUUUGAGGUUGCGUUCAUGUUGCAUUUGAUGAGAGAUGUAUUAGCAAUCACAAAUGAGCUCAAUAAAUGCUUACAAAGAAAGGAGCAAGAUGUUGCAAAUGCCAUGCUACUUGUUGAAGUAGCAAAGAAAAGUUGCAAGUUUUAA